GCGUAAAAAGCCGUGCGUAAUUGGGAAUUUGGUACUGAGAGCCUGUUGAGCGGCUGUGGAGAGAUAGGGAGCAGCAGGCAGAUUAAGACGGACUUCCUUCCUCCGGCGGGGCACUAACAUGGAGCAGGAGGGUCGUAAACAUAAGCAGAAGAGUUACUCAAACAAACACAGACUCUUAGAAGGCGCCGGAAUUUAAGCGGACUGUACCGAGGUUCAAACAUGGUGGAUGUAACGGGACUUGCUCUUAUCGUGUUGUCUCUGCUGGUAGAAACUACCGGUGCAUUAGAGCCAGAUAGCGGCUUCUGCAUUGGAAACCAGUGUUUCACUGUGUUCAGAGAACCAGGCGAUUUCUCAGCCGGGCAGAAGCAUUGCACAGGACUUGGUGGACACUUGAUGACUGUGCGUUCGUCCGUAUCUCAUGAUGUUCUUUCUAUCUUGUUGGGAAACUCUACUGGGCGGUACUGGAUCGGUUUACAACACCCGACUGGCUGCCCGGACGCUGCUGCCGAGCUUAAAGGUUACCACUGGGUGACCAAAGACAGCGAAAGUGACUUUUCCAACUGGAUGCCAAGUUUUGACAGCAGCUGCUCUUCUCGUCGCUGCGUGUCAGUUUCCCCGGAGGAUGACUUUAAAUGGAUUCAGGAAGCAUGCGACGACCACGGGGCAGGGUUUCUCUGUGAGCACAGCAUGAAAGAGCCAUGCAAAAGCCUAGCUGUUGCAGAGGGGGAGUCCGUCAUCUACAGCACCCCACUGGGCUUUAAGGGGGAUGAUUUGCUUUCUGUGCCUCUAGGGAGCACCGCUAUCCGGAUGCCAAGUGAGGCCAAGUACGUGUGCUUCUCUGAGCAGUGGCUGCAAGCGCCGUGGAGCUGUGAGAUACAGGAAGGAGGAUGUGAGCACAAAUGCACUGUGGACCCCAAAAAUGUGCCCACCUGCUACUGCCCUCCGGGGCAAGUUAUCCACGAUACAAACAAAGUCACGUGUGAAGUGGCUGCAGACGACCCGUGCGUAAAUAUGGGGUGCACGCACGCUUGUUAUAAGCAAGGAGAUGCAUAUGCAUGCGUGUGUGACCAAGGAUUCAAGUUGGCGCAAGAUGGCAAGUCAUGCGUGGACUUUAAUGACUGUAAAGACGAGCGGCAGUGUCCCGGGGAUAACUUCAAGUGCAUCAACACCGUGGGUGGAUAUGAAUGCGUGUGCGAAGAUGGAUACAAGCUGAGUGGCGACCAGUGCGUCGACGUGGAUGAGUGCGUGUCCGCUCCAUGUGAGCACGACUGCAAAAACACACCUGGGAGCUACAAAUGCGUGUGUUUUAAAGGAUAUAAAGAGGAUCCAAAGGAGCCGCAUAAGUGUAAACUCCACUGUGGGAAGAAUGAGUGCGACGCCGAGUGUGAUCCAAACGACCAUACCCUGUGCUACUGCCCUGAGGGUUACAUAGCGGAUGAGAGGACAGGCCACACAGCCUGCAUGGACAUAGAUGAGUGUGCUUUUUUUUACUGCGACCAAGGAUGUAAAAAUACAUUCGGCAGCUACAUUUGCUCUUGUUCUCGAGGAUAUACUCUAGUAAACCAAUACAAGUGCGAAAAAAACGACGAUGACACAGAUUAUGAUGGAUUUGAGGGAUCUGGAGCUGCCACAUCUCCUCCCACAGUGCCACCUGAGAUUUCUCCUAACCCAACAAGGCGACCCUCAGUGGUGACCAUGGGGGGCCUCGUGGGGAUAAUAGUGAGCACUGUUAUUUGUACUCUGCUGGUGGUGUUCCUGGGUAAUCACUUCCUCUGUGGCAGAAAGAAGACAGAGAGUGAUGGGGCGUUCAAAGCUGUAGAGGGUGAGAAUCACCUAGACACCAGUGAUGUUUAAACGAGACUAGACUCACUGAGAGAGAGAGAGAUGUUGGUAGUCUGUGCUUCUUUUGGUCUUUGGAUUCAUGGCUGUGAAACAGAGAGUCAGUGAAUAAUGAGAAAUGGGUGACUUUUGUUAAGGAUGCACGGUUGUGGAUUUUUGCCGAUAUAUUUCCAAACUCAUUCGAGCCAAAACCAAUAUAUUCACACCUUUUUAUUGAAAAGAACACCAGCUGAGCAAGGAGUGGUGAAAUAGACAGUCGGCUCAUUGUUUUAUGUUUGAGGCUUCUUUCAAAAUGUUCAAGGCUCAUGAUGGGCCUCUUUGAGUCUGUAAGACUCUGGGCAAGACCCUUUACUCUAGGGCAGGGGUGUCAAACUCAGUCACAGCAGGGGCCGGAUUCUGACUUUGGGUCUAACCUGAGAGCCUAACAGGGUCACCUUUUCCUUUUUAACCAUAAAAU